UUAAUACUUGGGAAAGCAGUGAAUGCGAAAGAUAUAUUUUCAGCAGUGAACAAAAAAUGUCAAAUAAACAUCUAUUUCAAAAAUGUGGAUUUUUGCGUGCACCCUUUGCCAUUGGUGUCGGUCGUUAUGUGUGUCAAUUACAAAGAGUAACUCUAAAAUUUUGUAAAAGUCACGGAGCUAGCCUUGGAGCUAGGAAUUUUAUAGAACAUGACUUAAUUAAUUAUGCAAAAGAAAAUCCUGGAGUUGUAGUAUAUGUUAAACCAAGAAGGCACAGACAUCCAAUUUUAAAAGCGGAAUAUUUAAAUGGAGAGACACAUUGGAUGUCUAUUGCUAAUUAUAGUAGAGAGGAUAUUGUACAAUGGAUGGAAUUAUUAAAAACUCAAUAUCAUAAUGGUCCAGAUUACAGAUUACUUAAAUUAUGGCAUACAGAUUUUCCUUCUAUUCAAGGACCUUGGACACCUUUUACUUUUAAAGAACCAUCUUUAAAUCAAAUUCAAUUCCCAAAUAAAAAAGUUGGGGAAUGUAUUAAAUUGGAACCAACAGCUACAGAGGAAUUGAUUAGGUUGUUCAAAGAACAACAAGAAGCUGAAAAGCUCAAUGAAGAAAAUAAGAUUCAAGAAAAUGUUAGUUAAAUGAUAAUUUUUAGAUAUUAAAUAAUUAACUGAAAAUUAAUAUAUACUAAAUCAAUGUUAUUAUAGCUUAAAAUAAGAUUUGAUUUUUUUAUUUUUAUGGAACAACACAAAAAA